GUGUGAGAUAGGUGUCUUCGUAAAGUGCCCAUCCAGCCGGUUGUAUACAUAUAUAUAUAUAUGUAUGUAUGUGUAUAUAUAUAUAUAUAUAUUAUCAUCGGUCUAGUGGUUGUGUGUCGUUAUACAGUGCCGCCAAACGAUACCACAACAUCCGAUCCCAAAUGAAGAGUUCGGAGCAAAAUGGUUAGAGAGACACGUCACCUGUGGGUUGGAAAUCUGCCGGAAAACAUCCGAGAGGAUCGCAUAAGAGAGCAUUUCAAACGGUAUGGACGCGUGCAGAGCGUCAAGCUGCUGCCGCGGGGCGAGGUGUGCCCUGUGGACGGAGGUUCCGGUGGUUCCCUCGGGGAGGGCAACGAGGGUGGUUCCGGUUCCAGUUCCGGCAGCGGCGGUGGCAGCGGGGGCGGCGGUUCCUCGAUUAACACCGGGGGCGCCUCCGCGACGGUGGCGUUCAUGGAUAUCAAGUCCGCAGCGAAGGCUCACGCGACUGAGCACACUUUGGACGAACGAGCCCUUACGACACAGUACUACGAGCCCCAGCAUCUUCAACAUAGAUUUCCCUCGCACGGAAGUUCGGAGGAUCAUGGCUCGAGUGGCGGCGGCGGUGCCGGAGGCGGAGGUGGAGGAGGCGUCGGUGGUGUCGGGGGUGGUGUUGGCGUCGUCGGAGGAAGUAGCGGGAGUAUCGUCGGAUCUGGUGGCGGCGUCGUCGGCGGAGUCGGCGGAGUCGUCGGAGGCAGUGGUGGUAACGCAGUUGGCGUUAGCAGCGGCGUCGGCGGCAGCGGUAGCAGUGGCAGCGGGGGCGGCGUUGGCGUCGGCGUCAGCGGCAGCGUCGUUGUCGGUGGCGGUGGCGGCGAGAGUAGCUUCGUCGAGUCGAGGAGUUCACACGGUAGCUCGCACGGAGGUUCCCACGGGGGUUCCCAUGGGGGUUUCUACAGCGGAGGCGGGGUUGCCGGGAGUGGAGGCGGUGGCAGCAAUGCCGGUAGCGGUGGCGGCGUCGGCAGCACCGGAAGCGGCGUCGUCGUCGUUCAAGGUCAUCCAGCGGAUCCUAACAGCGGUGACCCUGGUGGCUAUAUACCACGUGGACGUCCACCACCUGGUAGCUCUUACCACGUGACGUCGAGCAGGGCGAGGGAUCGGCUUUACCCGAGGACAGGCCCUUACGGCUCCGGGCCGCCACCCCCGCCCCAUUUAGAUCGUCAUCGGGCACCGUCUUCCUGGUCCUCUGCCUACGAGUCGACGACUUCAUCGAGAUAUAGCAAUGCACCACCACCACCUUCGCCGGCUACCAAUGAUUCCUACCAGGAUGAGCCAGGUGGCGGAGGAGGCGGAGGUGGUAGUAGCAGCAGUGUCCACCGACAACACAAGAAGCAACGUAGAAAAUCUCGAAGCGGUAGUAGCUCACCAAGCGGCAGCAGUCGUUCCGGUAGCAGCAGUAGUAGUCGAAGUGGCAGUUCCGCCGGUAGCACGUCCGCCACAAGCACGUCACCAGGAAGCUCGCCUCAUCGUACUGGAAAUGCUGUUGCAGUCACCGAAGAUCGCAGGCCACUGGCGAUCUGCGUACGGAACCUUCCUGCUCGUAGCAGCGACACUUCUCUCAAGGAUGGCCUUUUCCAUGAGUAUAAAAAGCAUGGGAAAGUCACGUGGGUGAAGGUCGUCGGUGCAGCGGGCGACAGAUACGCUCUGGUCUGCUUCAAGAAACCCGAGGACGUUGAAAAAGCCUUGGAAGUUUCUCAUGACAAACUAUUUUUCGGUUGCAAGAUCGAAGUUGCGCCUUACCAAGGAUACGACGUCGAGGACAACGAGUUCAGGCCGUACGAGGCCGAACUAGACGAGUAUCAUCCCAAAGCAACGAGGACGCUCUUUAUUGGGAAUCUCGAGAAAGAUGUAACUGCGUCUGAACUCAGGAAACACUUUGAGCCUUUUGGCGAAAUUAUAGAAAUUGACAUCAAAAAGCAAGGCGCUGUUUCGAGCUAUGCAUUUUGUCAGUAUUCGGAUAUCGGUAGCGUCGUUAAGGCCAUGAGAUCUAUGGAUGGCGAACACCUAGGUGCGAAUCGUAUCAAACUUGGAUUUGGCAAAUCUAUGCCUACCUCUUGUGUCUGGGUGGAUGGUAUAGGAGAUUGCAUGUCAGAAAAAUACUUGAACAUGCAGUUCCAUCAGUUCGGUCCUAUAACGCAAGUCGUGGUGGAUCGUGAACGUGGCCAUGCGUUAGUCUUCUUCGAACAAAUAAGCUGCGCCCAGGCUGCUGUGAAGGAAAUGAGAGGAGCCGCACUUCGUGGACGUCGUCUUCAAGUGGAUUUCGCGUCCAGAGAAUGCCAGGAAACGUUUUACGAACAUCUGGAAAGACAAGGAGUUGCUGGUGAAAAACCUUGGGACACCAGGCCUUCGCCGGCGACAACCUUCGAUGUUGCGAUUCAUUACAGGAGGGAGCGUAGCAGCUUUGAAUCAGCAGUUACAGUGUCAAAUUCGAGCGGUCGAUUUACGCGUUACGAUACACCCCCAAGAUCAAGGACAACUAGUAGUUACUCUCGUACUUCCGGUGGUGGUAGCACGCCCGGGGCCAGUCCUGCUCAUCCAACGGCAAUGUCGCGUAGCAGCAGGCGUUCCUAUCAAGAUUCAUACUACGACGGCGACUACAACGACCCAACGCCACGUAGAUUUCGAAGUUACGACGAGUUCAGCCAGGGAAGUGGAGCGAGCCACGAUGAUUACCAGAGCAGCGUUCUGAGCGACGGUAAACUCAACGAUGAUGAUUGUCCACCACCCCCAUCGUCUCGACGACAUGCCGUCCAGAGUGUUGUUACCAGCGUGGACCCACCUGUUCCACCGCCACCACCUAUUUUACCUCCGCCCGACAUCAGGCAUCUUCAAAAGGAGCGAGUUCAUUUAUUGGAACAGCUCGAGGAGUGUCACAGUAGCGGCGACGAAGUGGGUUUUGCACCUAAGAAACGAGUUAAGUUGGAUGGAAGUUCAACAACGAUAUUAUGCGAGGACGAUGAACCUGAAAUCGCAUCGUUGUUGGUAACUUCUCAUUCCGGUAGAAAAGGCAUGGACGUUAGACGCGUAAGUGACAGUAAAGUGGUGGUGCAUCAUAGUACGAGAAGAAGUAGCUGUGACGGCAGGGGUCCGGGACCUUGUAAGCGUCGUCGAGAUACUUCUAGCAGACAUCAUGAGCAUCACGAUGGAUCACGACCAGGAACACCUCUCGUCGACGAAAGACCUGAGAACCUUGUGCCGAGCGAGCCAAGAAGAUUUCGCGAAAGGAGUCAUGAGGGUCCUCUGUCGUUACCUUUACCAAGGUUUGCGACUCAGAUGCUGAACAACAACAAUACUAGUAACAGCAACAACAAUACCACCACCACCACCGCCACCACCACCACCAACAACAAUAACAGCAACAGUAGUAAUAAUAAUAACAGUAACAACAACAACAACAGCAACAGCAACAGCAACAGCAACAGCAACAGCAACAGCAACAGCAACAGCAACAGCAACAACAACAAUAAUAACAGCAGCAACCACAACCACAACAACAACAACAACAACAACGGUAACAGCAGUAGCAGUAAUGCUCGGUCGACGAGUAGCAGCAGUCUGAAAGUCACUAGUCCACCUUGUGCCAGCGGGCUCUCGGUUGCGGCCAGCCCUUGUACGGCACCACAGCCACCAGCCUCGCCACCGCCUAGACAUUUGAGCCCCAGUCCAACGAGUUCCGACAGCGAGACGGCGCCCCAGUCUCCUAGUCUCGAAGAGAGAAUACGUUCCCUCGACGAGAAGUAUGAAAAGUGGUCGGGCUCGAGAGCUCUGAGUGCAGCCGGUGGCGAUGCUUUGGCAAAACUCGACGCCAGCGCUUCGGAACGUUUUAAAUUCCGACAUAAACUCCUUGACUUGGAUCUACACGAAGUGCAACCGUCGGAUAUAGUGAAAUCCGUUCUCGCGAAAAGAAGUGUUUUCGACGAGGAUUCUAAACGACUGGAGAACUUCAGUGAAAAAUACGAACCGAAAGAAUUUACGGGCGUUAUAGGCGUCAGUUCGAUGAUCGGUAGCACGGCUGGGCUAACUUCUAGCGGGGGUUGCACCAGUAAAGUUUGUCUGCAGUAUCCAUUUCCUAGUCAUCCGCCGGUGCAAUUGACUAGUACCUCCUCUGUGAGCAGUCACAUCGGUGGUAGUAGCACGAUGCUCUCGACGAGCAUGGUUCCGUUGGUAUUGAAAACGACUGAUCCACGCUCGACGAUGCAGCACAAUUGUGUACACCCAACCCCAGCGACACCGAUCACUCCCGGCACGUCGAUCAAAACCGUCAGUCCGGAAUUACCACCGGUUUCUUUGCCCAUCCGUCUUGCAAGUAGCGGAACGGCAGCAAGCAGUGGUAAUAGUAGCGGUAUAGGGUCGGCCAGUAGCCUUCUUAGUGGUAAUAGUAGUGUAUGUAGUAUUCACAGCCUCAGCGCCUCGACGAAUCGAGGAUUACUUUCUAGUAAUACAGUUUUGAAUAAUUCGUCGUCGUCAGUGGCGAUAUCUACGUCAUCAUCCUCCUCCUGUUCCUCUUCCUCUACCAUUUCUUCUUCUUCUUCUUCUUCUUUAACGUGUUUAACGUCAUCAUCCACCUCGUCAUCCUCCGCGAUAUCAGCAGCGUCUACAAUUUCCUUGUCAGCAGCGGCAACAGCAGCAGCAGCAGCAGUAUCCGGUGUUAUUACGGCAACGACGAUGAUUUUAACGACAGCAACAUCGACAACAUCGAUCCCCUCCACCUCGUCAGGCACGAUACAGCAGACUUUAUCGAGCGGUCAAUAUCAUCAAUCUUCCUUGACAACCGCUUCCUGUUCGGUGCCAUUGUCUUCCACGAUAUCGUCCACGUUCGGCACGUCUUCGUUAUCCUCUUCCUCGGUCGAUGUACCUCGUGCUCGUUUACGAAAGGAGAUUGGCAGCAGUAGCAGUAGCAGUAGCAGGGAGAGAAGAGACUCUCGAGAGGGUAGGGACAGUAGGGAUUCUAAACAUGGUAAAGGGAAGGAUUGUCAGAGAAGAUCGAGGAAAGAGGAAGUCGAUCGCAAGGAUCGGGAUGACAAAGAAAGCCUUGGCAACAAUGACGUCAAUGAAGCCGAUAAUCACAGUAGAGAUUUCAAAGAGACCAAGGAAACGAGGUACGAAAGGAGAGAACGAGAGGAUAAGGAAAGAAGGGAGAAGGACGAUCGGGAAAGACAGGAACGAAGAGACAAGGAGGAUCGUGACAGGCAGGAACGUAAGGAACGAGAGGAAAGAGAGAGAAGGGAGAAGGAUGAGGAACGUAGGGAAAGAGAGAGACUGGACAAGGAACGCCAGGAGAAGGAUAGAAGGGAACGGGAGGAACGAGAACGCGAGAAGAAGGAGAGGGAGGAGAACGAGUUCAGGGAGAAGGAGCGGAGAGAUAAGGAACGGUUGGAACGUGAGAAGAGAGAACGAGAGGAAAAGGAGAGGCAGGAACGUAGGGAACGCGAAGAAAGAGAGAGAAGGGACCGGGAGGAACGGGAGAGGAAGGAACGUGAAUUGCGUUUGGAACGGGAGAAGCAGGAGAAGGAACGUCUCAGGAAGGAACGAGAGGAACAGGAAAGGCGAGAGAAAGAGGAAAGGGAGAGAUUGGAACGGGAAAGGAGAAGAGAGGAAAAGGAACGUCUUGACAAGGAGAGGAAACGUGAGAGGGAAGAGAAGGAACGUUUGGAACGAGAGAGGCGGAAGGAGAAGGAGGAACGCGAGAGGUUGGAGAAGGAAAAACGUGAGAAGGAGGAGAGGGAAAGGUUGGAGAGAGAGAAACACGAACGGGAGAAGAGAAGGGAGCGAGAGGAUCAAGAGAAACGCGAGAAGGAGAAGGUCGAACGAGAGAAGAGAAGAGAUCGCGAGGACAAGGAUAAGGAAAAACGUGAACGCGAAGAGAGUAGGCGUCAACAACCUACCGAUAAUCAUCUACAUCAAUCGGUAACGCAAUCUCAGAUCCAACAGGCUUCUCCAGCCCCGGUACCAAUAAAACGUAGGUGUUCGUCCCAAGAUUGUCCCACCGAAGACGAUACCAAACGUAUGAAGAUCUCUGAUCAUCGUAGAGACAGCAAAGAUCGGCCUAGACAGAAUAGAAGAUCGGAGGAUCGCAAACAUCGCAAUGACUCUCAUCGUUCUAGUCGAGAAAGUAGGGAAAGUAGAGAGAGCAAAGAAUCUGGUGGUAGUACUGCACAAGAUACCAGGGAUACGACUCAUGCCGAUGUUAGGGAAUCCACCAGAGAGAAUAGAGAGAGCGUUAAAGAGAAACAGAGAAGUAAGAGAAGAUCUGAAAAGGAAUCGAGGGAACGUAGUCCUAGGGUAUGUCAGGAUGUCGACAAAGAAUUCUUAUCGAGAUUAGAACUCUCGAAACGCAACGAAACGAAUUCACCGAACGAGCAAACGUCUACGGCUUCUAACCACUCGAGAGAGCCGUCGCAAUUCCAUCAACAGCAGGCUUCUUCGAAUCAACACAGCGACGUUGACGAUGGCCCUACUCACGAUAUGCAAGUUGCACGGCAUCCUUCGGCAACCGAUACAGACAGCGACGAACCCAAGAAACAUUCGAUAUUUGAUAUUGUAGACGACGAACCGGCUUACAUCAGUAUGUACGAUAAAGUGAAGGCACGUUCGACGAAAAAUAUGCAGAAAUUGGAGGAGGAGAAGCGUCAAGUGCGUUUAAAAGAUAAGUUUUCACAGCUGAAGCAAAGCCGUGCCAGACGAGAGGAGAAGAAACAAAGUACAUCUUGGGAUGGAGAUUCGGUCAGUAGCAAGGCUUUAACCGAAGACGAGGCUACGUCCGAAUCGGACUCGGCUAGAGCAAAGUCUUUGUCGAGAAAGGGAUCACGGUCUCGAAUUCAUUCCGACACUAGCGAGGAAGAAGAAUCCUUUAACAACAAAGUUCGAAAGAAUGUUAAAACGGAUAGAUUUCUUGAAAGUGACGUGGAUCUUGGCUUUGCUGAUACAGAAGAGAAACAAAAUCCAUUGGAGACCAAUGUUGUGAUCAACAGUGUACAUGCCAGUGCAAAGGAGGAAGUACGUACUUCCGACGACGACGAAAGAAUCACGUACCAAACGAGUCAUCCAACGAUCGUCGUCAAUAAUCACGAAAGAGAUUCGCGCAAGAAAUCGCAUAAAAAGAAGCAAAAGCGUCAGAAAAAUUCGGUGUCCAGCGAAGAAAGUUCGAAACUCGAAUCCACCGAAACUACGGAUCAUAAAAGUAAGGCUAACGUUAUAUCGACUGAUUCGGAAUGUCGUUCGAAUCAUACGACUGAAUCUGUAACGAUUAGUACAUCGACGGCAACACCAGUGGCAGCCAUUGACAAUGCUGAAGAAAGGAUGCGCGCUGAUAAGAAACAGAGAACGAAGAAGGAUAAAAGAAGAGAACGAAACGGAGAAGACAAGGUUAAAGCAAGAAGGAAAAGAUUGAAUAGACAAGAAGCUAGAGAUUCACAAAGAAUGGAAGAUAUAUUUGGUCCGCUUUCCGACGACGUUGAUGAUCCACCACCUCCAGACACCUUCUUUGAUAGACUCAGUAAUAUGACAUCUGAAAACAACGCUUAUGUUUCUGACAGCGAUGGUGGACGUAGUCCAGUUCUUGACGUUGAAAGAGUUAGAAGAAAAACAGAGAAGAAACGACAGAGACAUCAUCAGGAAGAUGAGAAUAGCGUUGACCUCGCUGAGGCUGGACGAGAAAUCGAGGCUAAACUUUUAGGUCUACCAAAUUCACCAAAAUCUGCAAUUGCUUGUACAGAGUCCAAUGAACACGACGUUUUCCGUUUCACUGAUGAUAAUGAUAGUGUUGAACCAUCUACUCCGACUACCGUACCCGAAAAGGUUAAAGAAAAGAAAAAGAAACGUAAGAAAUCAAAGGAAGAACGUAGUCGGAAAGAUUAUCAUCACCAUCAUCAUCAUCAUCACCAUCAUCAUGAAAAGACCGGUGAAUUACCUUAUCUUGGCGCGGACCCAAGUCCUCCGAGAGCAAGUAGUCCUUUGAUUCCGAAAACGUUGUCUCCGACUUUGCCAGCUCUUAGAGAUACAUUGUUAAGUCCUAUACCCAAGGUUGUAACGUCGAACACAUCAACGGUUUCAGCUAUCAGUACUCCUAUUGUAAGCGGUGUCAUUCAACCGCCAAAGCCUGAAAAGAAGAAAGAGAAAUUUAUUCCUGGUUUUGGAAUAGAAAUCGAUGAAACUAUUCACGAAAAUGCAGUUAAAAGUAUCUCGGAGCCUGAGGAACGUGAAAGUGGUUGCCAAUCUCGUAACAGUAGAGACGAAACAGAAGUCUCUGUUUCAACAACACCACCUGUUCAAAAUGAGGAUAAACCAAGAGUCGCUAUAUCUCAGGAAGAAACAGAGGAUGCUGUUGCAGCGUUGUUAGAAGAAACUUUCGGUGGUUCUACCGAAGAUUUCUCUUACGAAGGAGAGGAAGAGGACAAUGAGGUGGAUGGUACAACUGGUCCUCCAGCCGAAGCACCCCAAGAGGAUGUUGAGGAGAUGCAACAAGCGGUUGAAAGUUUGAAUGCGUCAGCAGUCGAAGGUGAAGAUCUAAAACCUGAUACUCCUCAAAGCGAACAUGAUCUUCAAAUAGAUACGGAUACUGAAGAAGAUCCAAAUUACGAGAACUUCGAUCUAACUCAACCACCGAAAACACCAGAUAUUCCGUCAUUUUAUAAAUCACCAACAAAGACAACACCAACUACGGUGACACUUGCUAUUGUUGCAGCGGAAAAACCCGUGGAAGCUCGUUUACCACUUAAUCCUGUAAUUCCCAAAUCACAGAACUCUCCAAAUUCAGUAAUCGCACAUUCUUGGAACCUUAAUGAACAUAAAUCUCGCGAUACGACAAAAACUGUACAAAUUGAUACGGUAGAAUCCAAUGUUACAAUAGCCAGUCCUGAAAGAGUCUCACAAUCUCAUCGGACAUCAACAUCAUCACCACCAACAUACAAACAACCAAUGUUGGGAUCGUGUAACGUACCGAUCGCAAAUGAAACUUCACGAAUUUCGGCAGCUAGUCCAAGACCUUCGACGAUUAGUGUACAACCUCUGUAUCAAAGACUACCAGUUUCACCUCAAUCUCAAAUGGUACCAAUGCGUCAAGCUUCUCCAAGAAUGCAGAAUAUUUCAACACCAUCUUCGUCUUCGCCAUCGAAUAUAACGCCUUUACCACCACUCGUCCCAUCAAGAAUACCACCUUUGAUACCAUCACAAUUAUCUCCGAGAAUUCCACAACCGCUUUCACCGAAUGGACAAUGGAAUCGAAACUCGGCAUUGAGUCCUCAUGUGUCUACCGUUGGAAAACCUUCACCACCACCAACUAGAAUUGCAGUGAGCGUUCCUAUUUCUGCGCAUAGACCAGAGGUAACAGUACAACAGAUCUAUUCAACUGCAGCAACUCAACAACCAGUGAUUCAACAUGCUGCUGGUUUGAGACCGCUUACACCUAGUUAUCCUCGAGGUGGUUUGCCACCAUUAACUUUAAAUAUUCCACCACGUCCUUACAUGCCAGUACCACCAUUGGCACCGGGUAUACAAGUAAAGAGUUCAAGAGAUUCCGCUGCUUUAGGCAACAAAUCUGUAAUCGAGACAUUACUCUCAGUCAAUCCAAACGAACCACCACAAAGAUUAGAAGAGCCUAAAUUAUCACCCGCUGUUAUACCAGAGUCUACAAACAAGGCCUCGACUUCUCCGAAGGUUCCUUCGCCUAAUCAACCACCUACAUAUAUACCAGAAACAGCUAAAAUUGAAAUUAGUGCAAGUACAUCUAGUCCAGCAUUUGGAAAGUCAGCUAACAUUACAGAAAAUUGUCCUUCACAGUCGAGAUCUCAGAAACAAAUACCCGUGUCUGUAACAGGAGAUAACAAUGUUCUUUCUCCACGACCUAAACAAGAAUUAUCCCAACUCUUAACCACUCAUGUACCACGUUGUUCUACACCUAGUCCUGUGAUCAUAGCACAUGGACAAUCUCACAUAGUCCACAAAUCUAUGGUACAUGGUCUGGGACCACCAACAGUUUCUUCUGCUAAUCAAUCCUUAAUUAAAACGGUAGUACCAAUAGUAUCUCAACAAUUAACACCAACAGUAUCUCAACAAUUAACACCAACAGUAUCUCAACAAUUAACACCAACAGUACAGUCCAUAACGACCGGUGACAAAUGCAUCAUUCCACAAACGACUGUAUCUUUCUCUAGUUGUCAAAGAAUGUCACCUGUUCCUCAAACGACUUCGCUUUCAAAGUCUCAUUUACCUGUUGGUCCUUCAGUUUCACAAUCAAUAAUAACUAGAGUCGUAUCAACAACUGUGUCAACUGUAUCAACUACUUCGAUAACUGACAAUGUAAGAGAAUGCAUAGAACCACGUAUAGUACAGGCAGAAAAAUCAGCAACAGAUUCUGAGGCACAAAUAGGACAGACUACGCAACCUAUGCAAUUAACACCACCGAUACAGUCGACCCAACCUAUUGAAAUUAUUAAACAAGAACCAGCUGUUAUUAUAAAGCAAGAAGAUACAACAUUAAAGGAAGAAAUGAAAUUUACUAUUCCAAAAACAGAGCCACCUUUAGAACAGCCAUGUGACACGGAUAUAAAACCUAAGGAAGAGAAACAUGAAUUCGUUGAAUCGGAAAAAUUAACAUCUUGCGUUCCAAAAACAGAAGUAUUGAACAUUCUUGUACCAAAACUCGAGGAGGAGACAACUGUAAAAUCUGAAGUUGUAAGCGAAGUAAAAGAGGAAGAAGAUGAGGAAGAAGAGGAAGAGGAAGAAGUGGUAACAAAAGAAAAUGAAGAGGUUGAAUUGGAUGAAGAACCUGUCGAAGAUCCAUUGAAAGAACCAAGUACGGAUCCGCUUGCUAUAGACGUGACAAAAGAAGAUCCAACUGAUAGCAAAGAAGAUAGUGAUUAUUGGUCGGCCAAAGAAGUAAAUAUAGAAAGCGUAAUAAAGAAAGUGGAUGCCUUGUGUGAUGGCGAAGGUAACGAUGCGGAAGAAGAUGUACAACAUAAUCAAGAAACUCACAAUAAUUCUCUGGAAACAGCAAAGAGUGAAUCUGAUUGGUUCGAAACUGAAACGACCGAGGAUGAAAAUAAAAAGAAUACGACAGUUAAUGACGAUCAAGAUGAAGGUGUGGAGACAUGCGAGGCAGAAUUAACGAAGAGUCGUCGUGGUAGAUCAAAAACGAAACGAGGUGCUAGCGGUCGCGGUGGAGUUAGACGUGGUAGAACCAGUACUGCAGCAGCUGCACAUAAAAGAGGUGGAAGAACAUCUAGAGGAAGUAAACAUCAUGUUGCACAUAAGUUACCUUAUGCCGACGUUUACGAAUUUCAUGACGAUAGCGAAGAGGAUAAUCCUGGUCGUCCUCGUCUGAUACUCACCAUUAAAUCUGGACCACACACAACUGUUAAAGAAUUGCCUCUGGAAGAACUAGUUUCACCAGCUACUAACACAAGAAAGUCUAGAAGAUUAGCAGAGAAAGAUGGCAGCAGAAACACUGUUGAUGAUGUCAUCGAAGAUGUAGUACGUGCAUCAACAAAUAAGAAUUUAACGAGUGGUAAUGUUGGUAGUAUACAUACUACAAGAAGAAGUACUAGGCACAACAAUGCACCACGCAAUGUACAAACUGCACAACCUAAAGUACAAAUUACAGAACCUCGAAAAUCACCAAGAGGUAGUCGUAAAGCGACAAGAAGGACUUCUGAAAACAAUGACGAUAGUGGAGAGGAGAAAUUUAUUAAAUUGGUUGUUACCACGAAGAAGGUUGAGAAUAAAAAUGAAAACAUUGUGACUGAAGAAUCUAAUCCAAAAGUGGAAGAGACUAAUCAAACGUUGACACCACCUGAACAAAAAUCUGUAUCUCUUGAACCAACAACAUUGAUUGAUCCAGUUACGGGAAUGUUAAUACCAAUGAGAGAAUCGGAGGAAGGUCAAUAUAUACCAGUUAGUACACCAGCUAAUCAACAACAAACUGCUACUAAAACGAUGAGUGAAAUUCGAACUGCUAAUGUUACUGUUAACGAAAGUUCAAUCAAUGAAUCAUUGCAAUCAAAAUCAUCAUUUGAUAAUACUAUUACAACGGUUAAUGAAGAAUUAAAGAAAGAACAACCUGUGGAAACUAUACCUUGUCAGCCAAUACAAAAUCAGCUGAUAUCGUCACAAGCUAGUGUUAUUACAAAGCCUCAAUCUCCAAUUAUUCAAGCUACUUCUACCAUCACAGUCGUGCAAUCAUCUACGACAUGUACAACUGUUACAACUAUGUCAACAAUACCGAGUGUAGUUCCAUCACAACCGAUAUUAACUUCUGCUACACAAAAUAAACCUACGAGUUUGAAAGCUCAUGUAUUGAAUGCAAGCAAAUUAUCGACUCAGCCUCAGCCUCAGCCUCAAGUUCAGCCUCAAGUUCAGCCUCAAAUUCAGCCUCAAGUUCAGCCUCAAGUUCAGCCUCAAGUUCAGCCUCAAGUUCAGCCUCAAGUUCAACCUCAAAUUCAGCCUCAAGUUCAGCCUCAAGUUCAGGCACAAGUUCAGCCUCAAGUUCAGCCUCAAGUUCAGGCGCAAGUUCAGCCUCAAGUUCAGCCGCAAGUUCAACCUCAGGUCCAGCCUCAGGUCCAACCUCAGGUCCAACCUCAGGUCCAACCUCAGGUCCAGCCUCAGGUCCAGCCUCAGGUCCAGCCUCAGGUCCAGCCUCAGGUCCAGCCUCAGGUCCAGCCUCAGGUCCAUCCUCAGGUCCAGCCUCAAAUCCAGCCUCAGGUCCAGCCUCAGGUCCAGCCUCAGGUCCAGCCUCAGAUCCAGCCUCAGGUCCAGCUUCAGGCUCAAGUUCAGGCUCAGGUUCAGGCCCAGGUUCAAGCUCAGGCUCAACCACAACUGCAGACACAGUUGCAGCCGCAGCCACAACCACAGCCACAACAACAACAGCAGCAGCAACAGCAGCAGCCUCAGCCUCAGCCUCAGCCUCAGCCUCAAAUUCAGUCUCAGUCUCAACCUCAGUCUCAAUCUCAAUCUCAAUCUCAAUCUCAACUUCAGCCACAAUCUCAGUCUCAACCUCAGCCUCAGCUUCAGCCUCAGCCUCAACCUCAACAACAAAUUGUUAUUACGAAGCCUGUAGUUCCAAUAUUACCAAGUCAGACAGUAGUGCAAAAUAUUAUCAAACAACCGACUCAAGCAAUACAAAGUCUUCAUUUGCAAAUUCCUGGUGGUAGAGUAGUCUCACCUAAUUUGAGUCCAUGUACAAAACAGGCACAAGUAAGUACAGGGAAUGGAAAGCAAGGACAACCAAUGUCACCAGUACUUAAUAAUACAGGUGUACCACCCAAUCCUAAGCAACACCUGCUACAGGCAGCAAAACAGCAGCAGCAACAACAACCAUCGACCAUAAUAAAUAUGUCUCAAAAAUUACCAAUCAAUGUUCAUCCAGCUAGUGUUGUAUCUGCACCAACUCAGAGAAUACAUCAUCCAGUUUCACAGCCAGUAACAGCAAAAGGCAUCAAUGGGCAACCACAUCCGCUCAAUCCAAAAGCUCAUUUAUUACAAGCAGUAGUACCACCAAUGGUAACUGGAGCAGUUGCAAGUCCUCCAACGCAACCACAUCUCGUUGGUCCACCGACUGUUGGAGCAGCUGUAGGCUGCCCACGUCCAACCGGACCAAAACCUCAAGUAACUGGUACUAUGGAACCUCCUAAAGUAGAAGUCUCUAUGUCUGGUUGUAUUAUGGUGCCCACUGCAAGUCCUCAGAGUCGUGGAGUGCCAAUACCAACUUAUGAUGCGCCUAUGCAUGGGAGUGCAGGUACUGCUCCAUCACCGGGGGCUCAAUAUGGACUUGUGCCUCCACAUCGUACUCAGAGUCCUCCAUUGCCUCCACCUGCUCAUCAUCAUGCUAAUGCUUCUCAGAGUGACGUCGUGAAUCAUUAUGGUGGAUUAUCACGUGGUGCCGAGUUACCUCCACAUUAUAUGCAUCCACAAGUGUUGCAAUAUCAAUAUCUACGUGCUCAACAGGAAGCUUUAACUCCGCGUAUAGCUUAUCAUAUUCCAGGAACAAGAUCUCCUCAUUUACCAUUAGAUCCAAAAUUAGAAACUGGUAUAGAAGAUAGUCAUAGUCCACCUUUAGAAUUAAGGAGAAGUACAAGAACUCCUCAAGAUCGUACAACGGAUAGUCCACAAGUUGCACAGGUUUACAUGCUUCAUGGAAGUACACGAUUGCCACCACCACCACCUCAGUAUAAUGCUGGAAGUAAUCCAUCUUUGGCUGCACCAACUGCAGCGAGAGGAGGUUAUUACGAGCCACCACCUGCUCACUUACGUUCUCAAUAUCCUAUGCCAGCGAGUGAAGCUCCAACGGAUAGUGCGAUUACACCUGACAGGCCAAGAAAGCAUCAAGUAGUAACACCACCUCAUGCAUCACAAGUACCACCACAAGCAGAUUCAUUCCAAAUGUUACUUCAACGUUAUCCUGUCAUGUGGCAAGGAUUACUUGCUCUUAAGAACGAUCAAGCUGCAGUACAAAUGCAUUUUGUUUUUGGUAAUCCUAAUGUAGCUAGAGAGAGCUUACCUUGCAACAGCGAUGGCUCUACUCCACCAUUACGUAUCGCUCAAAGGAUGAGACUCGAACAAACUCAAGUUGACGGUGUGGCAAGAAAGAUGCAGACUGAUAACGAACACUGCAUGCUGCUUGCAUUACCAUGCGGACGUGACGAAGUAGAUGUGUUACAGCAAAGUAAGAAUCUUCAAACUGGAUUUAUCAUGUAUUUGCAACAGAAACAAGCCGCAGGAAUUGUUAACAUUGCUGCUCCAGGUUCGCAACAGCCUGCAUACGUGAUACAUAUAUUCCCAUCGUGUGACUUCGCAAAUGAGAGUUUAGCGCGUAUAGCGCCGGAUUUGCUUCAUCGUGUUGCCAAGAUCGCCCACUUGCUUAUCGUCAUUGCCACGGUUUGAGACUGGACAGCAUUCCGCUUGAUCAUAAUAUCUUACUGGUAUAUUUUCUACCUAUUUUGCGCAUCAUGAGAUGGGAUGCUACAUAAAUGGCAUGAAGCCUCUGGGGGUAUUCCUAUUCAUGUGCGGAAUUUCUAGAAGAUAAGAGAAAGAUAAAAAGAGAGAAAGAAAAAGAGAGAGAGAGAGAGAGAAAGAGAAUAGACCAUCGAGGAAAAGUUUAAAAAAGGGCUCCUUUUAUCGGAGUCUCUCAUCAGUGACAAUCAAAUGGAAUUCGGCACGGAUCACCGGCCGAUCACAUAGAUCGUAAGCCUAUAUAGAACAACAAGGCGUCGUGUCGGGGUUGUGUGACGUAGAGAAAAAUAGAAAGAGAGGCUAGCCCGGUCUAAUUGAGAAAGGUAACCCUCCUAAUCCUUCCCCCUUUCACCGUGUGUGCCUCCCUUCGUAAAACCGUAGAAAAGCAGAAAAAAAGUACGUCCUUUCCGAUGACUUUUAGUACGCUUAAUCGCUGACAGUGUUUGUGGGAUCGACCGACUUUAACUCUUGGUCUUUCUGACAAGCUGGUCAGGCACAACAACCCCAAUUCUCUUUUCUCUCGAUGAAGACCUUCGAUUCUCUCCAAGCGAUAUGAUGUCCACGAAAAAAGACAUUUUUUCGUGUUAUACUAUUACUACUCCUUCCUCUAUAUUAAAAAAAAAAAAAAAAAAUGAAAAAAAAAUGAAAAAAAAUGAAAAAAAAAAGCAAAAACAUAAAGAUACGUCAAAUAAUAAAAUAACUUCACCGUUGCCGCAAACGAGAACGGUCAGUUUCAGCGUGAGAGUUAAUAAUAGAAAAACAGAUACAUAUAUGAAAAAAGAUAAA